AGCCAUUUGGGCUCAAGACUUCAGGCCGAGACGAGCGGCUGGGUGCCUCGGCCCACCCGGAUACUCUGACCGCCGAUCCCCAAUGACAGGCGUCAUGGCCUGCAAGACCCUGAUCCCGCAGCGAUUGAGCUACGGCCCCGCCGGCAGUGCCGCGGGCGACCGGGUUCGCCUGGCGUUCGCCGACAUCACCGCGCCGGAGUUCAGGGAGGGCCGCUACGAGGUCUGCCACUACGCGAGGGGGAGCCUGGGAGGCUGCACCGGCCCGCCGGCCAUCGACCAGACGCUGUGGUUCUGCCAUGAGCUGCACGUCCGGCUCCAGGGGGAGGGCAAGCCCGUCUUCGUCGAGUACGCGCCCGAGCAGCGCAAGAACGUUGCCGUGGUCGUCGGAGCCUACCUCGUGCUCGGCAGGGGCUGGUCCGCAAGGCAGGUGCGCGGCGUCCUGCCGGAGGACGCGGGCCUGGCCCUGCCGUGCUCGUGGGUGUCGACGAAGGCCUUGGCGACCAGCCACGGGGCACCCCGCAUGACGGUGCAGGAUUGCUGGGAGGGCGUGCAGAUGGCCCGGGACCAGGGGUGGCUGCGGAAGGAGGUCGUCGAGGAUGGCGUCAUGGCCUCCCUCGCAGCAAGCCUGUUCUGGAGGACGAGCUGCGAGUACGACGGUGCGUGGCUGGUGCCGGGCGUCUUCGUGAUGGCAGACCCGAUGACGACCAUCAUGGACCCCAACCCGCAGACGUGCAGCGCGUUCCGCCGGCCCAGCGGCGAAGGGCACCGACCCCACGGGGGCGCCGACCCCACGGCUGAGGAGGCCUACCUGCACGAGAUCGAGGAGUUGGACCGUCCCCCUCCGCCGACACUCUCCUGCCCGGACCAGGACGAGACCUUCUUCGAUGACGUGAAAGGCGCCAGCACCGGCGCCGUGCAGAGUCUCAGCACCACCAGCGGGGGUGUGCGUGACCGCGGUGACCUUCAGGUGCGGGAGAGCGACGACGAGUCCGAGGACAGGCUGUCGGAGGACAACUCGGUCCACACGGUGUGCAAGGCCUACGACACGGGGGCUCCGGGCAGCACGGGUUGCGACUUGAGGCCAGGCGCCAGGCCUUUCCUGGACUUCUUGCAAGAGGAGGGGAUCGAGACGGUGCUGCGCGUCAACUUCUUGGACGAGCCGGGGCUGGCGGAGAUCGGGGGGAGCUACGAGGCCAAGCUGGUGACCAAUCAUGGGAUCCGGCACGAGGACGUCCCCGUCAGCGACUCCAAGAGCGAGUGCAAGGGCGCCGUUCCCCCCCGUGAUGCCAUCAGGCGCUUCAUCAGCCUGGCCAUGAACGACGGCCACGACGGCCCCAGAGGCGGUGCCGUCCUCGUCCACUGCAAGGGCGGCUUCGGCAGGAGCGUGUUCCUGGCCUGCCUCCUGGUGAUCUACAGGCACGACGUGCCGGGCCGCAGCCUCCUCGGCUGGGCGCGCAUCGCGCGCCCGGGGUCCAUCACGACCCCGGAGCAGGAGGCGGCGCUGCGUGCGCUGUCGGGCCGCGCGGACCUCUGCAGGAGGUACGGCCUCCCUUGCGAGGCCGAGGGCGCCGCGGCGGGGGCGCAGGCCUGCUGCACGGUGAGCUAGAGGGGGACGUGCGCUCGGGGGGGGGGACGGGGGGCGGGGAACGCCGCAGAACGGCCAGGCCUCGGACGCCGUGGCCGAGGGAUGGCUGGCCGCGCGCGGCGUGAGGAGGGAGAGCUGGCUGGGAGGAGGAGGAGGAGGGCGGUGGCCCGAGCGUGCCAAGCGUGCCAGAGACAAGGCUGCGGCAGCAAGAGGUUGCCCCCCCCCCCGAGGUCGUUUUCACUAAACCACGUUUUACUAAAGGGGGGUCUGUCCAUCCCUGAGCGAAGGUGUGCGCGGCGAGAGUCUGUCACCAUGCUUCCCUUGCGCCCCCCAUCAGACCAUACGGCGCACGCGGGCUUCACUCGAGCCGACUGCCGGCGCCAUCUACUGGUUCGGGGGCGCCUGGUUCGGGCAAGCGCUGAUACACAGAGCCAUGCGCCAUGCAGCCAUACGGAACCAUUGAGUUGUGAGUGAUGGAGAUGCGCGCAUGCGUAUCGCGCGUCUCUCACGUUGAGAAGGCGGCAUCUGAGGACUUGCUUUCGUGUCAGUGACUUGUUGCGACAUGCCGGAUGACUAGCCUCGUCCCAGCACCCUCCCGUACAGUGCCCCAGAUUUUUUCGCAGAGCAUAAUAUAGGGUUGCCGCCCCCCCUCCACGAGCAGCUCGCGGCGAAGCAUUUUGAAGGCAACAGCCCCCUCGUGGAGGAAAAGGAGGAGGAUCAAGGGGGAGCAAGGGGAGGAUCUCAGCUGUUCUGCGGAGGCUUGUCCGUGUUUGUCGUGUGUUUCGCCACUGGGUGGCGGAUCCUGCAUCUGAUGGCAGCUUAAUCAGACUCAGAAUCAGAAUGGCAGCUUAAUUGCUUUUGUGAAUGCUUAAUCCGUAUCCUGCUUGCGGGACUCGGUUCCCGCGGGAUUCAGAAUUUGUCUUGCGGGGUCCGGUUCCUGCGGGAUCGGACCCCCGCGGGAUCCGAAACUCGCCGCUUCUCUUGUGGCGGUUCGUUGUGGCGAGCUUGUUUGUCACUUUGCUGCCAGUGCUCUUGCGGCUUUCUGCUCGCGUGCGCGCGAGGAGGAUGGGGUACGCAGAGUGGGGCGGAGACGAGGUUGGACGGUUGCUUUCGGUCUGUGGUGGACCGCUUUUGCCAUGAAUCGUUGCUUCAUGUCGCCCCCGUCUUUACAGAUGAAGUAAGGAUGUUCGUGCAUCGCGUGAGGUGAGUUCGCCUGUGCACGCGAAUCGGGGGUGGACAGAACCCCCACACUGACACGUCAAUUAGUGAAUUGUCCGUUCUCGGUUCUCGAGAGGGCACCGCGGCCGUCAUUUUCCAGGCUUGCGCCCGCCAGGUUUGGGCCCGAGGUCGUUUUCACUAAACAACGUUUUACUAAAGGGGGGUUCUGUCCAUCCCUGAGCGAAGGUGUGCGCGGCGAGAGUCUGUCACCAUGCUUCCCUUGCGCCCCCCAUCAGACCAGACGGCGCACGCGGGCUUCACUCGAGCCGACUGCCGGCGCCAUCUACUGGUUCGGGGGCGCCUGGUUCGGGCAAGCGCUGAUACACAGAGCCAUGCGCCAUGGCAAGUUCUCUCCUCCUCCUCCUCCUCGUCUUCUUCCACCUGCCUCCUCCCGCCCUCGCCCCCCUCCUUGGCUCAUCAUCCUCCUCCUCACGCCAAGCCGCAGCGCAGAGUUCGACCUCAGUGCAGGAAACGCCUGCUGUUUUUCGCACGGCGCUGCGAUCUCAGGGGUGCGACUCUCGGCACGGACAACACGUUUGAAGGGUGUAUCUUUGUGCAUUGUCACCGCCAUUUAGCUGCCCAGGCUGUUUUUCACAAUGUUUUCUGAAGCCAUCGUGAUGCACCGUACUGGAGUCCCAGAGCCGUCUUAGCAUCGUCCGGGCAUGGGGAAGUGCUGGUGAGGAGGGGAGGAAGGGGAGGAUCGUGCGUUGCUCGGCCAGUCGGGCACUUCCUUGCAGAGCCAUCUCGGGUUUCUCUCCCGGGGUGCGAAGCGCCUAGUGCGGACACAACAGCCCGAUGGACCCCUGGCCAGGACACGCGCUGGAAGAUUGCGGCGCGGGCUCGGCGCGCGCGACACCGUCGCGGGCACAAAAAAACACCAUCAC